AUGCUUUCAUCAGCCGAACUCAACGCUACGCAAGCUGUACUCAUCAAGCUAGCUCAGGCGGAUGGAUUCAAGGACGAACUAAAAGAGCUUCACAGUGGUAACGCAAUUUCGAAAAAGUCGCCGCUUCGUCGUCUAAGCCCCAUACUUGACCCUGAAGGCAUAAUUAGAGUGGGAGGGAGAUUGAAUUUGUUAGAGCAACCGUAUAUAAUGAAACAUCCUAUCCUCCUUCCAAAUCCUCACCCCUAUACACGCCUUCUCGCUACGUUACAUCACCUACGGUUAAUCCAUGGUGGCGGCCGAGUCACAUUGGCCUCCAUGCGCGAAUAUUUCUGGCCCAUCCGAGGACGACGAUUAGUGCGCAGCAUCAUACAUGCCUGUUUCCGCUGCACCCGAGCAAGUCCCGUUCCCGCAACGCAGCAGCUAGGACAACUUCCGAUUCAUCGCAUACGACCCAGCCGUCCCUUCUGCAUCACCGGCAUGGACUUUGCCGGCCCAGUGUACCUGAAAGCAAUCCACAAACGAGCAUCUCCAGCGAAGGCCUAUAUUUGCAUCUUCGUGUGUUUUAGCACCAAAGCCGUCCAUAUCGAGCUGGUGGGAGACCUCUCCACAUCAGCAUUCCUGGCAGCAUUCCGCAGAUUUGUGUCUCGUCGGGGACGACCUACCGAUGUCUACUCCGAUAACGGGAAAAAUUUCGAGGGGGCAAAAACGAGUUGGAGCACAUUCAACGUUUCUUCUUGGAUAGCAACCAAAAUAUUCACUCCUUCUGCGCGAAUGAAUCCAUCACCUGGCAUCUGUGUCCACCAAAAGCGCCGCACUUUGGUGGACUAUGGAAAAGGCCGUAAAGUCGCCAAAACGCACCUGUACCGACAGCUGGGAAAUUCUCGGUUGACGUUCGAAGAGAUGACGACACUGCUAACCCAAAUCGAAGCGGCAAUGAACAGUCGACCACUGGUGCCUCUAUCUGAAGACCCGAACGAUUUAUCGUGCCUCACUCCUGCUCACUUCCUAAUCGGAUCAACGAUGCAAGCAAUUCCAGAGCAAGAUCUCACCAGAGUUUCCAUCUGCCUGCUCGACCGCCUUCAAGCUACCCAGCGAACGUACCAACAAUUUUGGCAUCAAUGGCGUCGUGAAUAUUUGCAAGAGCUGCUGCCGUCCCAAGCAUAUCUGUCCCAUGUCGAUUUUUAUCAUUUUUGA